AUGCUUCGGCAGAAAGCUUUAGUUGGGGUCUUAGGACAGGUUAAUACCGCUGAAGUAACUGGAACUCUUCUUUUCAACCGAGAAGGAUUGCUCCUCGCCUACAGUGGAGACAAAGAAGGCAAAGAUGCCUCUAAUGUAACUGCCGCUCUUAUCUCAAGCAUUUGGGAUUCGUUUGAUCGUAAAGAUGAACUGCGAGAAGCUGUACUCACCUUAGAAGAUGGCAUUCUUGCUUGUACCAAAGUUUCUAAUAUGCUUAUCGCUUUAAAAGCAACUCCUAACGCUAAUUUGGGUUUGAUUCGUAGAAAGUUACAAACCCUCGCCGAUUAUCUUGAACAACCACUUUGCAUCGUCAGUAAAAGUCCUUGA